AUGCCAAUGUAUCCCUGGCAUGGGAUCCCAAACCACUCCGCUCCGCAACCGCAAUCACAACCGCGACAACCGCAUCCACAUCCAAGUCCCCAUGCACAACAUGCACAGCAUUCACAUACACCAUCAGCAACACAUUCGCAUUCACAUUCGCACUCUACAUCAACCUCUUCCCCAUCUACGCCAUACCAAAUACCGCAUUUACGAUGGAUGCCGUCAAUGAUGUCGCGCCAGCAGCCGCAACAGCAACAACCACAGCAGCAACAUCAGAAUACAACCAGCGGUAGCACAAAUGCGACGCCGAGUAUCUCGUCGAAUCUGCGCAUGGGCCAAAACGCGAAUCACCAGGCUGUAUCGGUAGUCGUUGAGACGAGGCCCAUGCCGCCGUCGCAGGGUGGUCGGGGACCCGGGGAGGAAUAUGUAGAGGGGUCGGAGGAGAGUGAUCAGGAUGGGGGGAGGGGUAUGGUUAUGUUGGAAGGGCCGGGAGAUCCGGAUUAUGCGCCGUCAUCGGGUGCAGAGGGGUUUGCUGGGAGUGAACGGCGGAGGAGACGUGAUGGAGAUGGUAGUGGGUUGGCAAUAGCAAACGAUGACCGGGAUAACCUUAUUGACGAGGCGGAUAUCAAUACUGCCAAUCAACUUAUGGCUGCUGGUAACAAUGGGGAAAGCAGCGAACGCAAACAUGGCAAGCGCUUAACGACAUCUGAAGAAGUGUCGCUCUUUGAUAUAUGCAACCGCCACGCCCCCGACUUCGGACAGCGAAGCAACCUCUGCAAGUGGUGGAUCACCGUCACUGCUGAAUUCACCCGUGACCAAGGCCAUCCGUACUCGUGGCACUCUGUCCGGCGUAAAGUUGAGAUGGUGACCAAGCAGCGUAUGCGGUUUCUCGAUGAGCAGCGUGAGAAGGGUGUCGCUGCCAGUGAAGACUUGUCGAAUCCGCGGUGGCGCGCUGCCGUUGAUGCAUGGAUACCCACGUGGCAGAAGUGGGAGGAGGCGGAGGCGAGGAGAAUUGAGAAGAGAGAUUCACGGAAGACGAGGAAGAGGAAGAGUCGCGGCUGGGAGUAUCCGUGGGAUACGGUUGUUGCGCCGGAGGAGGAUGACGGAUGGAGGGCACCGUCUGUCGAGCACACACCCACGGGCACUCCUGGUUACAACCAGACACCAGUGCAAGUACAGCCUUUUGUACCUGUCUCUUCAACACCAGUUCCCGCACUCCCACAAUCCAAUGUCCCCGUUCCCGUCCGUCUACCACCAGGUUUCGACUCCAUGUUCUCCAACCCUAACACAUCGCCACUAUCACCAGCACCAGCACCGCUGGCCCAGAAAACGCCAUACCAAUCCACCUCCCCCGCACCAGCAGUAGCAGGAACAGCUGCAUCCACAGAACCAAACAUGAUGACCGCCCUCCUAGAAACACUAGGAAAAUUAAACAAGCACCUCGACGCGAAUCCAGACCCGCGUGCGACCCUUGCUCCUGGGCAACAAAAUCACCAUCUUAAUGGUAAUGAGCGUAAUACAGAAAACAUAAUGUCAACACCGCUUAGUCUUCUCAAAGAAGAGCUCAAGCGGGAAGUACGCGAAGAACUUCGCCGGGAGAUUGAGCGGGAUCGCGCGUCCUUGGAGGAAAAGCUCGACUCGGUACAGAGGACGCAAGAAAUGAUUUUGGAGAUGUUGAGGCAGGAGCCCGCCUGA